CAGAGUCCCAGAUAAGUGUUUCCGGGGGACUAAAUUACUGCAGCACCGCGCCAAGCUACAAAAAACGCCUGUCAACGCCAACGCAAGAAAAAUAUAAAUAUUUGAAAAUGCCUGUGAAGAGAGCCCUUCAGUUACAAGACAAAGAAAAUAGCCCAGCGAAGAGGCGAGCACCAAACAGGGACUGUUCCCCUAUGACUGGAACCCAGAUGACUCCCACGACAAAACCUGCAGCAGGUAGUUCCAGAGCAGGUGGGGAGAAAGCGAAUCCCCCUCAAACAAAAGAACCCAUGACAGACGCCGAGAGAAUUCAGUUUCUCAGGUCUAAGGUGAAAAAAUCAUUCAAGGACCUCAUGAAAUACAGGCAACAGCUGGAAACCUUAGUGCCAGUAGAGGGCAGUAGUGAGCUGAGGAGUCUCCUGCUGAUGAGUCCUGCUGAUCUACAAACUGAACUCAAAAGACAUGAGAAUCUCUGUGAUAAAAUUGCAUCUUGCGCUCACAGAGCAGACACAGACGAGGGCCAUUUCCAAGGGAUGAAACAGACUGGCAGCUCUUAUGAAUAUCUGAAGGCAAUCUUAAGCCGCUGAGGGAUCAUUUCUCGAUGUUCGACAUGGGCAGCAGCUGGUGCCCCUCAAGGUGGAUCACGUAACUCUCUCUUUAUCACUUCUAGAGGCUGUCUCAAGGACAAAAGCUUAAGCUGACCUAACAAAACACACACUUGUCACACGCUUUGCAUUGCUGCAGUUGAGAAGAACAAGAGCAGCAUUUCAGAAUUUGGUCUGUUCACCAUGGACCGUUAGGCUUCUCGAGAGUUUCAAGAUGUGUAAUUAAGCACGGCAUGACUCGAUAUCAAGACAUGGUUAAUAUUAGCACCAUCCAUUAAAAUUGUAUCACGCACUCCUGUAUUGUGACUCGUAUAUCGAGUAAGGCAGUCAAACCAAAACCUGUUCAUUCUCUCCUCAGUGUGUGUGUGUGUGUGUGUGUGUGUGUGUGUGUGUGUGUGUGUGUGUGUGUGUGUGUGGCUCCGGACCUUGCUCAGGCUGUAACACACUAGCCCCUUUGUGACCUGAUAACAUUUAUAGUUGUAAUGGAUUUUUUUUAAUGGCCGUCAUUAACUCGCACAUAGAGGGGGGAAAAAGAUUGCUUGUACUUUUUCCCCUUGGUAUUUCAGCUUUACAGCAUUAUGUUCUGAUAUGUCUCCUUCCAUCAUUUUUGUUUUACAGCUCGUGAAGUUGAAGCGUUUUAAUGCGUAGCUUUAGUACUAGCCUCGUGUCUUCAGUCACCGCCAAGAUUAUUCCUUUGUAUUAAUGAAUAUUUUUCCAGAUUUACUACUGGAAAGAAAAAUAAAAUUAUUAGUUCAGUAGUCAA